AUGUUUAACUAUCGUCUUAUUUGUAUAUUUGUUAUAAUAAUCAAUAUAAAAAAUGUCUUGCUAUCUUCAUCAUCCGACGUAGAAGAACGUCUAUUACUGAAUCACGAUAUUAUUGAUCCAAAUGGAUAUAUUUUGUUUUGUUUAUGCAUGGGACGGUUUGGUAAUCAAGCUGAACAUUUUCUUGGUGGAUUAGCAUUUGCAAAAUUGUUAAAUCGAACGUUAAUCUUACCGCCAUGGCGUACAUAUAAAAAUAUUCCAUUUACCGACUGGUUUGAAAUAGAACCAUUACGUGAAUAUCAUCGUGUUAUUGAAGCGUACGAUUUUAUGGCAAAAUUAGCACCACACGUAUGGCCAGAAGAUAAACGAAUUGGAUUCUGUUGGCUAACGUCAGAUAAACAAAAAUCCGAUUGUACAAUAAAAGAAGGAAAUCCAUUUGAAAAUUUCUGGAACGAACUGAAUGUUGAUUUUAACGAUUAUGCAAUAUAUCAAUUAUCGUACGACGAGUAUAGUGUGGACGAAUGGCAUCAACGUUUUCCACCACAACAAUUUCCGGUGAUAGCAAUGAAAGGUGAAGAAAUUCUAGGUCGUCCUUACAAAACAGAAAAGAUACCGUUGUAUACUAUUUUAGGUGCUCCCGCUUCAUUUCCAAUGUUGAGCAAUCAUCGAUAUUUACAAAAGUAUUUAAAAUGGUCAACUAAGAUCAUGGACGAGAUUCAUCAACAUCAACAAACAUUAUUCAACUCUUCCAAAUAUAUUGGUAUUCAUUUACGAAAUGAUGUCGAUUGGCUACGAGCAUGUUCCGAUGUAGAAUCUUAUCAUACUCAAAGUUAUAUGGCAUCAACUCAGUGUCUCGAUGGUACUGAUCGUUUUGUGACGAAAAAAAUGUGUUAUCCUCCAGAUGAAGAAAUAUUAAGAUUAUUGAAAAAUGUUGUUGUACGCACAAGAAUUAAGAAUAUUUAUGUUGCCACUGAUAAACGUUCGAUGGUGAAUGAAAUAAAAGAUGCUCUAUCGAAACAGAAUGUAAUUGUAAAACAUUUAGAUCCAUGGUUACCCGUUAUUGAUGUUGCAAUGUUAGCUCAUAGUGAUUAUUUCAUUGGAAAUUGUGUUAGUUCAUUCACUUCUGCUGUAAAAAGAGAGAGAGAUGUGAAAAAUCUUCCAUCGGCAUUUUGGAGCUUCAGUAAUUAG